AUGAAGACCUUCUGGAAAAUUCCAGUUUUCUUCUUUGUAUGCAGUCUUCUGGGUCCCUGGGCAUCUGCGACUGUCCUCAAGCGUCGCCCAAGGUUUCCUGUCAAUUCAAUUUCUAAUGGUGGAAAUGAACUCUGUCCAAAAGUCAGGAUUGGCCAGGAUGAUUUACCAGGGUUUGACUUGAUUUCUCAGUUCCAAGUAGAUAAGGCAGCAUCUAGAAGAGCAAUCCAAAGGGUAGUGGGAUCAACUGCAUUACAAGUGGCUUAUAAAUUGGGAAAUAAUGUAGACUUCCGGAUUCCAACCAGGCAUAUAUAUCCCAGUGGACUGCCUGAAGAAUAUUCCUUUUUAACUACUUUUCGGAUGACUGGAAGCACACUUGAAAAGAACUGGAGCAUUUGGCAGAUUCAGGAUUCCUCAGGGAAGGAGCAAGUUGGCGUGAAGAUUAAUGGCCAAACAAAAUCUGUUGCAUUUUCAUACAAGGGACUGGAUGGAAGUCUCCAAUCUGCAACCUUUUCAAAUUUGCCCUCCUUGUUCGAUUCCCAGUGGCAUAAGAUCAUGAUUGGGGUGGAAAGGAGCAGUGCCACUCUUUUUGUUGACUGCAACAGGAUUGAAUCCAUACCUAUAAAGCCAAGAGGCCAAAUCAAUGUCGAUGGCUUUGCUGUGUUGGGAAAACUUGCAGAUAAUCCUCAAGUUUCCGUACCGUUUGAACUUCAAUGGAUGCUCAUCCAUUGUGACCCACUUCGACCCAGCAGAGAAACUUGCCAUGAGCUGCCACCAAGGAUAACGAGAGGUCCCCCAGGCGAGCAGGGUCCUCCUGGGCCUCCGGGCCCCCCUGGAGUUCCCGGCAUCGACGGCAUCGAUGGUGACAGAGGUCCAAAGGGUCCCCCGGGCCCCCCGGGUCCUCCUGGAGAACCGGGAAAGCCUGGAGCUCCCGGCAAGCCCGGCACACCUGGCGCUGAUGGAUUAACAGGGCCUGAUGGAUCCCCUGGCUCUGUUGGACCAAGAGGACAAAAAGGAGAACCGGGUGUGCCGGGAUCACGUGGAUUUCCAGGCCGUGGCAUUCCUGGACCCCCUGGUCCUCCUGGGGGAGCAGGUCUCCCUGGAGAGCUUGGCCGUGUUGGACCAAUUGGUGACCCUGGGAAAAGAGGACCACCUGGCCCCCCUGGACCUCCAGGACCCAGUGGAACAAUUGGCUUUCAUGAUGGAGAUCCAUUGUGUCCCAAUGCCUGUCCACCAGGUCGUUCAGGAUAUCCAGGCAUACCUGGCAUGAGGGGUCAUAAAGGGGCUAAAGGAGAAAUUGGUGAACCUGGAAGACAAGGUCACAAGGGUGAAGAAGGUGACCAGGGAGAACCAGGAGAAGUUGGAGCUCAAGGACCUCCAGGAGCUCAUGGAUUGAGAGGCAUCACUGGCAUAACUGGGGACAAGGGAGAAAAAGGUGCUCGGGGCUUUGAUGGAGAACCUGGGCCUCGAGGUAUUCCUGGUGCACCUGGUGAUCAAGGACAGCGAGGAGCCCCAGGAGAAGCAGGUCCCAAGGGAGACAGAGGGCCUCAAGGUUCCAGAGGAAUCCCUGGCCUCCCCGGGCCCAAAGGAGACACGGGCUUGCCAGGUGUCGAUGGCCGUGAAGGGAUACCUGGAAUUCCUGGAACAAAGGGUGAACCAGGGAAACCUGGGCCUCCUGGUGAUGCAGGAUUGCAGGGGUUACCUGGUGUGCCUGGAAUUCCUGGUGCAAAGGGUAUGGCCGGUGAAAAGGGUACCACAGGCGCUCCAGGGAAACCUGGCCAAUUGGGGAAUUCGGGCAAACCGGGUCAACAGGGGCCGCCAGGAGAGGUGGGACCCCGAGGACCCCGGGGGCUUCCUGGCAGUAGAGGAGAAAUAGGACCAAUGGGACCCCCAGGCCCGCUAGGCAAACUGGGUUCCCUGGGGAGCCCCGGCCUCCCCGGCUUGCCUGGUCCCCCCGGACUUCCUGGAAUGAAAGGUGACAGGGGUGUAGUCGGUGAACCUGGUCCAAAGGGUGAACAGGGUGCAUCUGGUGAAGAAGGUGAAGCAGGAGAAAGGGGUGAACUUGGAGAUAUAGGAUUACCUGGCCCAAAGGGAACUGCAGGUAACCUUGGGGAGCCUGGCUUGAGGGGACCUGAAGGAGGUCGGGGGCUCCCGGGAGUGGAAGGCACAAAAGGACCGCCUGGACCCCGAGGCGUGCAGGGAGAACAGGGUGCCACCGGCCUGCCUGGUAUCCAGGGCCCUCCGGGUAGAGCACCAACAGAUCAGCACAUUAAGCAGGUUUGCAUGAGGGUUGUGCAAGAGCAUCUUGCUGAGAUGGCUGCUAGUCUCAAGCGUCCAGACUCGGGAGCUUCCGGCCUCCCUGGGAGGCCUGGACCCCCUGGUGCCCCUGGGCCCCCUGGAGAGAAUGGCUUCCCUGGCCAGAUGGGACUUCGUGGCCUCCCAGGCAUUAAGGGUCCCCCUGGUGCUCUUGGUUUGAGGGGGCCUAAAGGUGACUUGGGAGAAAAGGGAGAACGUGGCCCUCCAGGAAGGGGUCCCAAGGGUUUGCCCGGAGCUACAGGUCUCCCAGGUGAUCCAGGUGCUGCCAGCUAUGGGAGGAACGGCCGGGAUGGCGAGCGAGGCCCUCCUGGGGUGGCAGGAAUUCCUGGGGUGCCGGGCCCCCCGGGCCCUCCUGGUCCUCCUGGUUUCUGCGAGCCAGCCUCCUGCACCGUGCAAGCGGGCCAGCGAGCCUUUAGCAAAGGGCCAGAUCCGUGAAAAGCUUAGGGCUGUGUGGCUGGCUGCCUAAACCACCCGGCACAGGAGCUGGAGGAGACCUACCACCGACGCUGGGGCAAGUGAUGACAGUGUAUUACCUUCAACAUUAUUGCAGC